AUGUCGGCACCUAAAUUCGUAAAGAAGUCGAUUUUGGCCAGAUUUCUGUUAUUUCUGAUCAUCUUACUUAUCUGGGUCUAUAUUAAUGGAGGAUUGCUUCCUAAUUUCUUGCGCCAGAGACUUCCAGUUCUGCGAGUCGGACCUGAAGUGAACAUCCUUUAUUAUUUUGAAGAUGCUAAAAGAGAUGGGAGUAAAAUUCGAUGGUCAAGAGCCUCAAAUACUCAAAAGAAACUACAGCAAGCCUUGACAGGUCCCUAUGACAUGAUUGAAGCAGAUGUAAUAUUGAAGGGACAAGGGACUCCAAGGCAAGCGUUGACCCCAAUAAUUUCAGAUUUUCCCACAGUUGAUGGAGAUUUCACUCUGAAAAUGUGGCUCCAGCGAGUGAAGAAGUUUCCAAAAGGAAUCAAGUUGGACUUCCGAACAAUUGAUGCUGUUGAGAUGUCUCUUCAGUUACUGAAGGGAAUGAAAGAUGAGCUGAAGAUUCCCAUAUGGCUCCAUGCAGAUAUACUUCCUGGCCCAUUUAGCGAUCGUCUUCCAGUUGACUCCACACGAUUUCUGCGUAAUGUACGAACCUUCUUUCCCUCAUGCACCUUGUCCCUUGGCUGGACCUCGGGGUACCACACUGAUGUCAGUCAGUCUGGCUACACAUGGAACAUGGUGCUUGACAUGCAUGACCUGAUCCGCAAGUGGGAAAUCACUCAGCCCCUUGUUUUUUCCGUCCGUUUGUCUCUGAUCGCAAACUCCAUCCCCCAGCUGAAAUGGCUCUGUGAUACAACCCAAGCAUCACUGCUUGUCUGGAAUGACAAUCAGGACAAACCAGUGUUGGAGGAUAUCAUAUUCAUACCUCCAGCAGCAUCUGUGCAAUUACCGUCAUUUCUCAAAAGAACAUGUCGAUGCACUUGUCCUUGA